CGUAUCACCUACAGCCUCCGAAUGAAUGCUACAUCAACUGCCGGUGACAGCUCCUUGCGUACCGUGUCAAAUGGUGAGAUAUGGCCGACCUUUCAGCGUGGAUCGAGAAGAACAAGGCGCUAUGGACACGCGUCUAUGAGGAGGUCCUUGCACCAGACUUCGAGGCGGAAUGGAAGAAGAGGGAGGAAGUGCACGAGAAAGAGCUGAAGCAAAGGGACAAGAACCACUCCACGGAUAUUAGCAAUGAACAUGUUAAAACCGCGCAUCUUCUUGCAGAAAAUGAGCAGCUCAAGAGGCAGGCCCAGGAACAGUAUCAGGGUAUGGCAUCUACAUCAGGCCAAGAGAUUGCAACGGCACGGGAAUCGAUGGUGUCUGAAGAGGAGCUCCGCCAGCUUACCGACAAGUAUAACGAGCUCAGCAGGAAGUACCAGAAUAUUUCCCAGAAAGUGAAGUAUCUUGAAAGAAAGAACAACGCUGUAAUGCAGAAGAAUAAAGAUAUGAAGGAGAGUGUCCGCGCGUGGCAGGAAUACGCCGAUCGCCAAUCUGGGAAACAGAAGCUCAAAAGCGAGACGAGAGCCGGGGGAGGGCAAGCAAAGCCGUCGGCUAUUCAUAUUUCUCAAGAUGAUCGCCCUCAUGUUCCGUCCAGUCCCGGGUCGGUGGCCACGACCCGGACGCCAAGAUCGCUUGCGGACACAGACCGGUCAUCUCCUGCUCCUAUGCUUCCGCUUCCGCAAGCAUCAAGAGAAAGUACGUCUCUGCUGGUUUCUCCGAGAUUGAACAUGGGCAACGACGAAAGGAGUUCAAGCGCAUCAAGCACGCCAAAGCCACAGGAUCCAGUCACGCCAAUCGAGCAGCAAUGUCUAGACAUUAACGACCUCGGUCAUGUCCUUCCUUCAGAUACUCGGAUCACAGCCUUAAUUGACGAACGCUCAGCCCAAACGUACAAUUUUCCAACCAACCCAAGCUCAAGCCAGACAACGGAGGACGAGAGCGUAGAGUCGACAAAGAAGCAUACUCAGGUAUUAGAUGCCGAAGACGACGAUGACAUCCCCCAGUUUGUAUCUGCACGAUCGCUCAAGCGAAAGCGUGGCGAACCCUCAAAAUCAAAGUUCGAGAUUUUUGCAGACCGAUCCGCGGACGGCACUCCAGCAAAGCCUUUUCGCGUGAAGGAAGAGCACCUCAGUAGCCCACCCACUACUAUCUACAAACUGAUGCGGAAAGAGACCAUAGACCUAGACGAUCCCACUCCCAAAGUCCUUCAGACACCCCGUCACCCUCGGAGAAAGCUUUCAGUCGACUCUAACAGGACCAGUACGCUCCUUCAACACAGGUCAAAUAGUACAUCCUUCAUACAAGACAUUAAACAAGAGCGCCCAGAAGCUGGGCAUCUAACAACAACUGAUGCUGUCGAUCUCAAUGCUGGGGUCAACAUGACCCAGGUUGCACUCGCUGAAGUCCGAGCAAUUAGCGAGCCAGCUAAGCCGACCCAAACUGAAAAAGCUGUUCUUCAGUCACUGGAUCCAAAUAUACUUGGCAACACUUCUGAAGAACCUCCUAAUAAGCGAUUAAGAGAAGCAGAAGUGAGACGUAACAAGGGUUAUGGCAUACUUGCGGAGUCGGGCGAAGAAUCGCCUCCUGUGGACGAGAAUGAAUUGAGACUACCUCCACAUCUAGCCCGUACACAAUUCAAUCGCCGGCUGAAUGCUUUGGGGAACCCUCAAACACCUGCGAAAGGCCUGCAUCAAACUCUAAAACCAGCGUCGACGAGGAUCAAGCUUGAACAAGUUCUUACCCCGCCGUCCAGUACCUCUCGCUCUAGACACAUGUCUUCGGAACGGAAAGGAUCACGUACAAAUCCAUCGAAGGCUCGCUCAAAACCUCGCGAUGACCCAAUCCUCGACGACCGCCCGAUAUGGACAAUGAAAACUCCCGACACGCGUUCCAGCACCCGGAAAGAUCGCACAUCUCCAACGAAACAAAAUCGUCUGCGGGAUAUGCCUAUUACGAAACUCAAUGUGCAAGACUUCAAACCAAACCCAGCCUACAAUCAGGGCUACAGCUACGCAUUUUCUGAGACAGUCCGCAAGCGCGGUGAUCGCAUGUGUCUACCCGGUUGCACCAAUCCACAGUGUUGUGGCUCCACGUUUCGAAUUCUAGCUGAAGCACAUGCCCCACUGCCUGCGUCCCAAGAAGAAGCUCUCCUGGAAGACUAUCUGGGUGAUGCAUACAAUAACAUGCAACUCACCCAGAUGUCAUCCGAGGAGCGAAAGGAACUAGUCCUGCAAGCGCGUACCAAAAAGAUGGCAAAGGAAACUGGGAAACAUCGCGAGGCCUAUGAGCGACGCCGGACGCCGCCAGGCUUUUGGCGAGUUGAUUUUCCCACGACGCAGGAGCAGCAAGAAGACAGAGAAAGGUCGAAACUGCAGGAACAGAAAUUAGUGCAAGAGCGGUGGCUUGAGGCGCAUAGAAAAGGCGGGAAAUGGAUCUUCAAGGAUGAAUGAGGUGUGGCUAGCUAGCUAACUGUGCACUCUAGAAAUCCAAGAUUGCGGUAUUAUUCGCAUUAAUUGCUGAAAUUUCUCACCUUGCUGCCUGUUGUACCCUCGCUUCUCUGUUAACCUCUGUCAGCAACCACGUUUCGUAUCUUUCACCUUCUUCUAUACCCCAAUCCUCUUUAUCCACUUCUGCUACCGU